AUGGUGAACACAGGAAUGAUAGUCUGCUGUGUACCAGGCAGGAUAAGGGACUCUAGCAGUGAGCAAGAUAGAGAAGGUGCUGAGCUUGAGAGACAAGAGACCGUGAACAGGCUCACCAGCAGACCAGCCAAUGACCGCGAGCAGCGGCAUCACUGUCCACAUCUCCCUACCAAGAUUUAUGAUAAAAUAGAGAAACCAUGUCUACUCUCCGAAUACACCGAGAACUACCCUCUCUAUCACUGUUACCUGCCCAGAGAGUCCUUCAAGCCCAAGAUGGAGUACCAGAAAGCACCCAUACCCAUGGAAGGCCUGACCACAUCAAGGAGAGAUUUUGGGCCUCACAAAGUAUUACCAGUGAAGAUUUACCAGCCCGACCAGUUUGUCCCAAGUGAAGAGAGCAUGGAUCUACUCACAACGUAUAAACAGGAUUAUAACCCCUACCCUGUCUGCCGAAUGGACCCCAUCAAGCCUCGGGACAGUAAAUACCCGUGUGGUGACAAGAUGGAGUGUCUGCCUACUUACAAAGCUGAUUACUUACCAUGGAACCAACCAAGACGAGAGCUCCUGCGUCCAGAACACCACUACCGGCCAGUAUCGACCCGUUUUGAUAGUAGAACUACACACCAGGAUGACUAUUCUGUAAAGAGCCGAGUGAACACCUUGAGUUGUAAGCCUCUGGCUGUGCCCAAGCUCUGUAACAUCCCCCUGGAGGAUCUGACUAACUACAAGAUGAGCUACGUGGCUCACCCAAUGGAGAAGCGCUUUGUGUACGAAGCGGAGAAGUUCAGACCCUGUGAAAUCCCCUUUGAAAGCCUUACCACCCACAAGGAAUCCUACCAGGGCCUGAGGGGAGAGCCAGCCAAGAGCUUGAAACCUGCGACCAGGCCCGGUGGUUUAGACAUGCCUUUCUCUAACACCACUGAGUUUCGAGAUAAGUACCAAGCUUGGCCAAUGCCCCAGAUGUUCUCCAAAGUUCCUGUCACCUAUGUCCCUCCUGAAGAAAAGAUGGACCUUCUCACCACAGUGCAGGCCCAUUACACAUACCCUAAGGGUGCCCCAGCUCAGUCGUGCCGACCGGUGCUCUCAGUCAAGAAGUGCGGUCGCUUCGAAGGCUCCACUACUACCAAGGACGACUAUAAGCAGUGGCCUAGCAUGCGCCCAGAGCUAGUCAAGCCCGUUCCCCAGCUGAACAUUCCCACCGAGCCCUUGGAUUGUCUGACCACGUCUCGGGCCCACUAUGUGCCCCACCCACCCAUUAAUACCAAAAGCUGUAAACCUCCCUGGGCCGGCCCACAAGGAAAUAUCCCUGUGGAGGGCCAGACCACUUACAGCAUCAGCUUUACUCCUAAGGAUAUGGGCAGGUGCCCGGCCUCAUAUGCUGAGCCCCCUGGCUACAUCUUUGAGGAAACAGAUGCUUUGGGGCACAGGAUAUAUAGGCCAGUGUCCCAGACAGGCUCUCCUCAGAGCAGCCAUCUUUCUGUAGGUGAUUCGGAAAACCCCAACCAGCAGGAGUUGGCAAUGUCAGCCUGAUUUAAAAA